AUGGCCAAACCUGCCAACCACCGACCGUCAGUACCAAUCAUCGAGCGACAGUCCUUGUGUCUCCCAAGUGUCGAGCCCGGCGUCCCUACGCAAUAUGGGGAAGACGGUUUCGUCGAAAGCCUCGCCAGACAUUUCCCCUCUGCCGAAAACAAUGCCGUGGAGAAGUUGGUCAGGUUAAAGCGGGAAUUGAAGGACAUGGACACGGAGGAAUUUUGGGCCAGUCUUAUGGAGGGCAUGACUGAAAUCUGUCAUGCGCAAUAUGGCUUCGUCGCGAAAAGAGCAUUGGCCGACGACUACAAUUCGGCGGUGGAAAAGCCUCCACUCGGCGAGGCGGGUUCCUGUCUCCUGGGAGUGGCUUUCUAUUACAACGACGGCGACCAGCAGAAAGCUAUGCACCGCGACUACAAGUAUCUUGCAUGGGGUGCCCCUUGUGGCUUCAUGAAGCACGACAAGGUCUUCUUAAUUCCAGACCAAAUGAGCUCUUUCAUCACCCAUAACCCCAACGCACUGCCCUUCCCCGCGGAAGGCUACAUAGGCGUUCCCUUGUUUGCCGACGGCAAGUGCUUUGCCCAUUUCGGUAUGAUGUGGACGCAGGAAGGCUUGGAUCGACGAGAAACUUCCUGGAGUUAUACCGAACUCCUGCUACAUUCGUUAGAAGACAUAGUCGUUGAGCGACUCCUAAAAGGCCAGGGGUUUGCUAAACCUCGGUCGAAUAUGGCGGUCCGACCCAACCAAGUCAUUCCACGAGAAGCUAUCACGACGACAGCCCAAUCCUUGAAACCCUAUGCCAAAAACCUCUCUCACGAACUGAGAACACCAAUGCAAGGUGUGGUCGGGAUGCUGGAUGUCAUGCAUGCCACGGUGCAGGAACAGAUCGAAGGCCAUUCAAACUCAUCACUCCGCCGUGUUUUCCAGAGCUUGAGAGAGAACAUUGAGAUCGUGCAGGACAGUUCCAAGCGAGCGGUCGAAGCGGCCGACAAUGUCGUUCAUGCUUAUGACAUGAAUAUGCAGAUCCCAGACACCCCCCUGAACGAGCACGAAUCUCCUGCCACGGCGACGAUGACCACCGGAUACUUUGACUACAAACCGUCCAGACUCAUCGAAGGGAGCGACAUUCACGUCAACUCGUACAAGCGACGGCGGAGCAGUCCAACGUCGUGGCACUUCGGCAAUGCCACCAAGGUUAGGCACCUUGGACCUUCAACUCGUGCUGAUGUUUCUCCCAAGAGCCGCUCAGAGGCCUUUGUUCCGCUUCCUUCCUCAACCCCUCGAGCCACGAUGUCUGACGACCGAAUCCCACCCGUAUUCACUCCCGUGCAAGAUGGGUUUACAUCUAGCGAUCUGACUACCCCAUCGACAAAGCUGUCAGUGGAGAGUGAUGCACUUCCUACGCCUGGACUGAAACAUUGCCAAAUUCGAGAACUCAUACCCAUGGUGAUCCAUGAGGCUUUAAGAGUAGGGGGCAGGCCCGAUUCCGCUAUAGGAGAGCCCAUAGACCUGGGUGAAAGGGUCGUUGUAAGGUCACGGUCUUCGAAUGGCCACACUUCACAAAAGACAAUUGAAUGGUUCGUGGCUCAGGAUGUUCCGCAGACGCUCUUUGCAGAUGAACGUGAUUUGGCAAAGUUGAUAUCAGCCGUGUUCCUGAAUGCCGUCAAAUUUACAGAGGAUGGAUCGAUCACUCUCAGCGCUCGUCUGUCUAAAAGCCAGCGGUAUCUGGUCGUGAAUGUGAGAGACACCGGCGACGGCAUCCCCGAAGAUUUUCAGCCCGAACUGUUCAAACCAUUCUCUCGAGAAGACGAUUCUUUGACCCGGUCGAAAGAGGGUCUCGGCCUGGGACUUUUGGUUGCCAAAGGAUUGGCCCGCCGGUUGGGCGGAGACAUCACCCUCGUGAGAUCUGAAGUAUCGGGCCCAGACAGAGGGUCAGAGUUUGAAAUCAAAGUUCCCAUGGAACCCUCCGAUGCAAUGAGCCGUGCUAGUACCCCCAGAAGUCGAACGCCGGAAGCUUCGAAAAGUGUCUCCCGUCCGCCCAAGGCGAUAUCCCCGUCAGAUUCAUCCCCCCCUCAAACGGUGAUGCCUGACGAUGCCCAAGAUGUAUCUCCCAGGAAAGCGAAUAGUUCAAAGCACUCAGCAACACGUAGACACCCUAAAGAGCAUCCCGGCCCCGGUGAAUCCGGCAUGGUCUCCUCGUCCUCUACCAUCCCAUCGAAGAAGGACUCUUAUGAUAGAAACUUGGCUGAGAAGCACCCUCUUACAUUCUUGGUGGCGGAGGACAACAAGAUCAACCGAAAGCUUCUAGUCAACAUGUUGGGGAAGCUGGGAUAUAAGGAUGUGCACGAGGCUUUUGACGGCAAGGAAGCCGUGAGGAUUAUGCAGGAAAUCCAAGCAACCGGGAGGAAAGGGACUGGGACACACGAGAAGCGUCCCGGGAAAAAGGUGGACGUGAUCUUGAUGGACCUUUGGAUGCCCGAAAUGGAUGGCUACGAAGCGACCGAGCAUAUCUUGGACAUGUUUCAAAACUCUGAUGGAUCCAAUCCCGAGUACACAGUUGCACCGAUCAUCUUAGCGGUCAGUGCGGACGUUACGGAUGAAGCGAUCGAUCGGGCGACCAAAACAGGCAUGGAAGGCUUCAUGACCAAGCCAUACAAGUUGGCGGAUCUGCACAAAUUGAUUGUUGAAUUUUGCAUCAAAAGCGAUGGCGUUGUCGGAUCGGACUGA